CUAGUGACGCCAUUGACCACGGUAGGAGACCAAUCAACCUUAAUUCUCAAUUAUUAGCUUACUUAAAAGAGUCUAGGCUCAUCUUCUACAAAGGCUGAGAGUUCGCGCUAACCCGGCCUUGACGGACAGUUCUAAAUUCGCAAAUCAACAUCUUUAGAAACCAUCGUGAACCCUAUCCGACAACGGCUUUUCAAAGUAACAACCCGCGAUGACCGAAAAUGUCCAACCCGGCGGUCCCGGCGCUACUGAUGCCGAACGACGGCUUGCGCUCACGGAAUACAACAGGCAACGUCAAACCCUUAAGGAGCUCCUAGCCAAACGGAAGCAGCAAGAACGGCAACUGGCGCAAUUAGAGCACAAUAUCGCCGAUCUCGAGCAGAAAUACCUGGGCAACACGCGCUUCGGCAACAUCGUGAAGGGUUUCGAUAAUUACAUCAAGGGUACCAGUUCGGCUGCGCAGCGCAAGCAAGGAGAACUAAAGGAGGAGGAUUAUAUCUGGUCACGAUCAUCGAUAUCACAUAACAGCCUUCACCCUGAUAAUCCUGAGACCCCAUCCGCUACCUCGACUCCUGCCGCUCCCACCCCAGUUUCGACGUCGUUUGCCAAUAAUAAGGAUAAGGAUGGCGGUUCGAACCAGCCAACCCCGACAUCCGCAACCGAAAAGGUCACAGGCAAGGCAGGGAAGGCCAGCAAGAAGAGGACACAGCUGAAGAAGGAUAAGGACGCUGAUGCGGAGGACAGCGAGACAGACUCCCGCGAAACGAAGAAAGUACGGACACACUUCGGUGCAUCGAGGAAAUAGAGCCUCCCACGCCCCUAGUGUGAUUACGACCGAGGCCACGGCCUUAAUUUCGGUUCGCACGUGUCGAAAGACUAUUGUCAUCAAUACCUCGAACUUCCUCUCUUCUUUUGCAUGGCUUUGGUGUUUUGGGGAACAAGCGGAGGAACAAUUUGCAUGGCGUUAGGUUAGGGAAAUUCUGCUAAAAAAAAGAUAUCGCAUUGCUUUGAUUUCUCAAGAGCCAGGUUUGAUGGUCCGCGCCAUUCUGUUUACUCUAGAUACCCCUUCUUCUAGGUGUAUAAAAGGUGUAUCAUACGGGUGAUACUUGAAUUCAACCCAAUAAAGCGUGGUGUUAAUAUCGGUCCCUUCUUUCGAUAUAUAUCGUAAGCGCUAGUGACGAGAACAGCGACGCAGGGCGAGUAAGAAUUGAGAGUUUACUA